GCACCUUCCAGUCAAUUGACCCAUAAAUGGCUCAAUCGCGACCUGAUCAGGUGCCCCUUAUCUUAUCGCUUGGAAUCGGCCUGACAUGUGAUGGAUGCCCUGUCAUGUGAUAUCCCUGCUGUCAGUCUCGGUCUGUUUGGAAGAAGACGCAACAGCUGGCCGGAUGCUGAUCGCCCGACUCCUUUAUUUCAAUCAAAAGGCGAUAUCGCGAUAAUGUGUCCGGCGUAUCGAUCGGUCUCCCGAGACUCCAUCCAACCCACAUGGGCUAGGUCACGAAGACCCAACUCUUGGUGGGCUGCCUUCGGACUAGACGGACAACGGUCUGGGCCAUGACGGACUGACAAGUUUUCAUUUCUGUGGAUGCUAGAUGUGCGUAAAGUCGCUCUUGUGGGAACUUGUCGUGCUGUUGAAAUCAGUCAGGACAACCUUCUUGGAUAGGGUGCCCAGAUUUCUCGCCGCCUCAUCCUGCAGGGUCUCCCGGGAGACAAUGUUUGGUGGAUUUGACAACGACUAGAGUCAAAUAUUAGUCAGUUGUCAACAAAUUGAUAGCUCUACCUUGAUAUAGGCGGUUCGGGCUGUAUCUUAAACAGCCUUCUGUAUCUUAAACAGCCUUGGUCGGCUUCGUGAGCCUCUCGGCAGGCUUCCUUCAUUGUCCACACGGCCCG